CCGAUGGGCCAACCCAUGGUGCAGAAAAGACUUGAGGGCCCAGGCUUCCAAAGUUUAGCCCACCGGCCCACCCUGGUUGAGAUUCCUUUCCGUCACUCUCAGUCCCCGGAGAUAGAGAGAGGCAGGAGGCCAGCAACCAAGCAGAGGCGGAGGAAGAGGGCGGCCACAGCCGGAGCAGAAAGCCAGCAAGCCACCAGCAGAAGGAAGAAGCGGCGAGGGCCGAGGAUGCCGUGCCUCAACGUGUCCACCAACGUCAACCUAGAGGGGGUGGACACCUCCGCCAUCCUCGCCGAGGCCUCCAAGGCCGUCGCCAACAUCAUCGGCAAGCCAGAGGCCUAUGUGAUGGUUGUUGUCAAGGGUUCAGUGCCUAUGGCUUUUGGAGGUACCCAGGAGCCCGCAGCGUAUGGCGAGCUGGUUUCCAUUGGAGGGCUGAACCCUGAUGUCAACAAGAAGCUGAGUGCUGGCAUUGCUUCUAUUCUGGAAUCAAAGCUGUCCGUUCCCAAGUCCCGCUUCUACCUCAAGUUCCACGAUUCAAAGCGCUCAGACUUUGGUUGGAAUGGCUCCACCUUCUAGAUUUGAGGUCCGUGGGCGUGGCUUCGGUGAAGGGAAAUGUGCUAGCUAAUGUCAUGUCCAUUUGCAUGAUGGCCUAAUAAGGACAAAAUUGGAAGGUAUCAGUUCGUCUGUGGUGAGCUGAGGAGUGAAAACUGUUAUGUGGAACUGGGGCAGACUUGUUUGAAUGCAACCUAGCAAACCUGGCUAUCUUGGUUGUUCCUUUCCUUUGGGUAAUAGUAAGCUUGAAAUGAUUCCGCCUAUAUUGUUUGGUUUGAUAGGGGACAGUGGAUGGUAACUUUCCAAGGGCACUCUCUGCUGUUGUGCUU